AUGUUACAGAGCAGCCACAGCAGUAGCAGAAUUAAGAGAGAGUGUGAGAGAAAGAGAGAGAGAUUAUGGAGGGAGAGAAACAGAAAGACAGGAAGAGACAGAAAACGACAGAGAGAGAGAAAUAGAAAAAGAAAGAGAGAGACAGAAAGAGAGAAAGAGAGGGACAGACAGAGGGACCGAGGGAGAGACAGAGAGAGAGACACACAGAAAGGGAAAGAGACACAGAAAGAGAAAGACAGAAAGAGAGAGAGAUUAUGGAGGGAGAGAAACAGAAAGACAGGAAGAGACAGAAAAAGACAGAGAAAGAGACAAAAAGAAAGAGAGAUACAGAAAAAAAGAGAGAGGGACAGAGAGAGAGACAGAGGGAGAGACAGAGAGAGAGAGACAGACAGAGGGAGAGACAGAAAGAGAGAGACACACACACAGAAAGAGAAAGACAAAAAGAAGGAGAGACACAGAAAGACAGGAAGAGACAGAAAAAGAAAGCGAAAGAGAGAAAAAGAAAGAGAGAUACAGAAAAAAGAGAGAGGGACAGAGAGAGAGAGAGAGGGAGAGACAGAGAGAGAGAGACAGACAGAGGGAGAGACAGAAAGAGAGAGAGACACACACACAGAAAGAGAAAGACAAAAAGAGGGAGAGACACACAGAAAUAGAAAGACAAAAAGAGGGAGAGACACACACAGAAAGAGAAAGACAGAAAGAGAGAUAGAGAGAGAGAGAGAGAAACAGAAAGACAGGAAGAGAGAAAAAGAC